ACCCUCCGGAUGCCGUGACGCCGGUCAGACGGAGCGCGCGGGUCACGAGUGCCAGCUCAGCGGGUGGCGACGGCGACAUGGCCUCCGAGGCCGACGUGCGGGCCGGGCUGCAGCGCGCGGGUCAGGGCCACCUGCUGCGCUUCUGGGCCGAGCUGGGCCCGGAGCCGCGCGCUGCGCUGCUGACCGAGCUGGCGCCUCUGGACCCCGAUGCACUACGCGAGCACUGCGCCUCGGCGGCAGAGGCCUGCGCGCGCGCCCCCGGCCCCACGCCCGGCCUGGCCGAGCGCCUGCGGCCCCUGUCCCCCGAGAGCAUGGGCAGCGCGAGCUGCGGCGACCCGGAGGCGCGGCGGCGCUGGGAGGAGGAAGGUUUCCGCCAGAUCGCCCUGAGCAAGGUGGCCGUGCUGCUGCUGGCUGGCGGGCAGGGCACGCGCCUGGGGGUCACCUACCCGAAGGGCAUGUACCAGGUGGGGCUGCCCAGUGGGAAGACCCUGUACCAGCUGCAGGCCGAGCGGAUCCGACGAGUCGAGCAGCUGGCUGGCGAGCGCCACGGGACCCACUGCACCGUUCCCUGGUACAUCAUGACCAGCGAGUUUACGCUGGGGCCCACGGCCAGAUUCUUCAAGGAGCAUGACUUCUUCCACCUGGACCCUGCCAAUGUGGUCCUGUUCGAGCAACGCAUGCUGCCCGCCGUGACCUUCGACGGCAAGGCCAUCCUGGAGCGGAAAGACAAGGUUGCCAUGGCCCCAGAUGGCAACGGGGGCCUGUACCGCGCGCUGGCGGACCACCAGGUCCUCGAAGACAUGGAGCGCCGUGGAGUGGAGUUCGUGCACGUGUACUGUGUGGACAACAUCCUAGUGCGGCUGGCUGAUCCAAUGUUCAUCGGCUUCUGCGUGCUGCGGGGCGCGGACUGUGGCGCCAAGGUGGUGGAAAAGGCCUACGCCGAGGAGCCUGUGGGCGUGGUGUGCCUGGUGGACGGCGUCCCCCAAGUGGUGGAGUACAGCGAGAUCAGCCCUGAGAUCGCAGGGCUGCGUGGGGCCGACGGGGGUCUGCUCUACAGUGCGGGCAACAUGUGCAACCACUUCUUCACGCGAGGCUUCCUGCAGAGGGUCACCAGGGAGUUUGAGCCUUUGCUGAAACCACACGUGGCUGUGAAGAAGGUCCCGUACGUGGACGAGGAGGGAAAUCUGGUAAAGCCGCUAAAACCGAACGGGAUAAAGAUGGAGAAGUUUGUGUUUGAUGUGUUCCAGUUUGCUAAGAACUUCGUUGCCUUCGAAGUCUCCAGGGAGGAGGAGUUUUCCCCCCUGAAGAAUGCCGACUCAGCAGCCAGGGACAACCCCUCCACCGCCAGGCGGGCCCUGCUCACACAGCACCACCAGUGGGCACUGCAGGCUGGGGCCCGCUUCCUGGAUGCACGGGGGGCCCAGCUUCCUGAGCAGCCUGGCUUGCCCCAAAAUGGAGACCCUCCGGCCAUUUGCGAGAUAUCGCCCUUAGUUUCUUACUCUGGAGAGGGUUUGGAGGCCUAUCUUCGAGGCCGUGAGCUCUGGUCCCCGUUCAUCCUGGAUGAGGACCAGGCCAUAGUGCUGAGGUCACAGGAGGCCUGACCACUCCAAGACUGCCAGCUGGAGGGCCUCAGGGUGGGGACAAAGCCCUGGCCCCCGCUCCAGGCGUGUGUCUCCAGCCUGCAAACACAGAAGGGAACCUGAUGGAGUACCCCACGGUGUACCCUGCAAGGCUGGCACCUCUCUUGCCACCUACAUCGUCGGCAGAUCUGGUGUGGGCCCUUUGGCUCAUUUCUGACUGUAGGACUCUGGGAGGAGGAGGGUUGCAGAGUGGGAGUGGGCAAGAGGAGGCCACGUCAUCCAGGAGGAGCUGCAGAGGGGAAGCUGGCCCUGGCAUCUUGAAGGCCCUGUGUUCUCCACAAAGGACGAAGAGGUGCACAGCCCUGGCAGCCCAGGUCCAGAUCUCAAGUCCCAUUGCCCAGGGUGUGUUUAAGGUGGGCCCCUCCCCCCGGGCAGCUGAACCAGCAACUUGGGAGAGGCUGAUGGUCUUACCUUGCUGGCCCAGCUGAAGCCAGGGGAGGCACCCGGCUGUCCCCGCCCAAGCUGUCCCCGCCCAGGCUGCCCUGCAGGGCCCGCCCUGCCUCUCCCCAGGUUUGUCCCAGGGACUCAGCCUCUCAGCUACUGGCAGGUGAUUUGACCGCUGAGUUCAGAGCUGUCCCCCAGAACCUGUCCCCACACUGGGGCCUCCUGGUUGCAGGUCCUCCCAAGCUACCCCUGCUGGGCAUGCAGCCUCCACAUUCCAGGCCCUGGGCCUGGACCAGGACCAGGACCAGGACCAGGACCAGGCUCUGGCUCUGGCUCUGGCUCUGGCUGUCUCCUCUGCUGUGGCCGCUCUGAGGGCAGUGCCUCUCAUUCACCUGUGUUCCCCACUUAUGUAAGGAGCUCUGAGUGUUAAGUCAUGCCACAGCCCCCAGUGGGGACCGGUCUUCCCCAUCAGGAGAGGGUGUCAGGGGGGUUCAUCCUGUGGCCUGGAGUCCUUGAGCCAGCUGGGGCGGAAGAGCAGGGUCAAGCCCACACUAGCCACGAGGGGACCAUCACCUGGGCUGUGCCAGGCCUCUGGCCACAAACCUCAGAGGAAACCGUGCGCCUUAGUAGCCUCCCAGGGGACCGCAGGCACGCAGUGGGCCCGCACAGGGCUUGCACCGAGCACGUCUGGCCGGAGUCCUUGCCCACCUGCUCCUCAGGGCCGAAACGAGAGCUGCGCGAGCAGUGGGGCAAACGCCUAAACAUGACUGUGUGAACCCGCAGAGCUGGGGAGUCCCGGGUACCCCGCAGUUUCCCAUUCAUCCUUCCCUGGCGAAGCCCGGCUGUGCCCUCCCCGCGGGGCUCUCCCUCGGGCCCUCCACACCAACACCCGCCAUCCCCGAGCCCAGACCGUCCCGAGACAAGGACUGAAAGCGCGCCCCUCUCCGCACGCUCAGCUGGGACGUCCCGGAAUAAACCCGGAGCUCCGUCUGGCCCUCC